AUGAACGAUACAGGUUGUAUACACUUAACCAAUUUUAAAGCUGCUAAAGGGACGAAUCCGUAUAAAAUUAUCCAUGCAUUUUUUGUUGCGUGCACAUCCUACGAAGCUAGAAGAUAUAAGGCUACAUCAUGUCUUUGUUUUUCCUGUGGUCAGCCCGGGCCACGGAUGCACUCCUGUCUCCACUGCAUAUAUUUUGCCUGCUAUGGUGGACACAUUCAAGAACACUCCAAAGUUAAAAAGCACUUUCUUUAUGUGGACCUAAGUUAUGGAAAUGUAUACUGCGCUCAAUGUCAGGACUAUAUUUAUGAUCGGGAGCUAACAGAAAUAGCUAUGUCACAUAGAUUAAAAGAGGCCAAAUCCUUGGGCAUGUGUGUUCCAUUCACUCCAUGGAUUCCUAACAAUAAUGAAGCAAUGGCGCUAAGACGAUUACGUAAACGUCGCUUGAUAAGCCCACACACAACUAUUGGACUUCGUGGACUCCAGAAUCUUGGAUCAACAUGCUUCAUGAAUUGCAUUGUGCAAACGUUAAUCCACACACCACUGCUCAGGGACUAUUUUCUAGGGGAGAAACAUAAAUGCAAAGCGCAGAGUUCAGGAAAAUGCCUCGUUUGCGAGGUGUCGAAGCUAUUCCAGGAAUUCUACUCCGGUGCAAAGACGCCGCUCACCCUGCACCGUCUUCUCCACUUGAUAUGGACUCACGCGCGCCACCUGGCGGGCUACGAACAGCAAGAUGCGCACGAAUUUCUCAUAGCUACGCUCGACGUUCUCCAUAGACAUUGCAUGAACGGAGUCGAAGAUAAUGGGGAGAAGAAGGAAAACGGCCGUUGCAAUUGCAUCAUCGACCAAAUAUUUACGGGCGGGUUGCGAAGUGACGUGGUCUGCACUUCUUGCCACGGAGUCUCCACAACCAUCGAUCCCUUUUGGGAUAUCAGUCUGGAUGUUGCUGGACCUGGAUCUCUCGAGGCCUGCUUAGAACGCUUCACGCGCGCUGAGCACUUGGGUUCUGCUGCUAAAAUCAAAUGCUCCAACUGCCGGGCGUAUCGUGAGUCCACGAAACAGCUGACACUAGAAACUCUACCGAUUGUCGCCAGUUUUCACCUGAAACGCUUCGAGCACUCCUCACAGAUAGAUAGGAAAAUCUCCGCGUUCGUCUCUUUCCCCGCGGAGUUGGAUAUGACGCCGUUCAUGUCUUCGCAUCGCAGGGCUGUAGAAGCUGCAGAUAACAACAACGCUCCCGAAGGAAUAUUUGAGGACAAUAGGUACUCAUUGUUCGCCGUCGUAAAUCACGUGGGCUCGCUGGACGCUGGCCAUUACACGGCUUACGUGAGGCAGAUGAAAGGCAGCUGGUACAAAUGCGACGACCACAUGAUCACGCGCGCAUCGCUUAGGGAAGUCCUCGAUAGUGAGGGGUAUUUGCUCUUCUACCACAAGACUGUUUUGGAGUACGAAUGUGACGUAUCUUAA